AUGGGACUGGUCGUCGAUUUUGCGGGAGAGCAGUUGCAUGCACACGAAGGUACCCUUUCGAACUCACGUGCAACUUCAGUUCAGCCUUUUUUCCAGAGUCUCCAACACCAAGACGUUGUCAUGACCCUCUAUUCUUUUAGGGUGGAGGCUCCAGGUUGGUCUGACCUUUGUGACUUUUCGCGCGAGGCCUCGCGCCGGCGCUCCGCAGAGCUGUCCAGCCGGGCGGAGUCGGAGGGCGCGGAGGCCGAGAACUCAGAGGCCUGGUGCGAGCCCUUCAUCCAAGGCGUGGCGGGGGCCAAAUUCCGGUGCAUGCUCUGCUCCAAGCUCUUCCGGGGCCCCGAGUUCGUGAAGAUGCACCUGGAAGCCAAGCACAAGGAGGAGGCGAAGCGAAUUAUGCAGGACAAGUACUUCGACUGCGACGUGUCGCGCGAGGAUGCGAUGCCCAUCCACCAUGCCAUGGGGACGCAGAAGUUUGAAAUGGACAGGGUGUGA